AUGAAUAGUGGAGUUUGUGUUAAGUCAUCAAAUGAUGGAGAUGCAAGAAAUGAUUUCUAUGGCUUAUUGGAUGAAAUUAUAGAGGUAGCAUACCCUGGCCCAGAAAUGCGAGUUAUUCUAUUCAAGUAUAAUUACAAGUUAUAUCUUAUCGUCUUCUCGGGAGUUCGUGGAUUCACUUUUUUCUUAGCAAAUAUGAAUCUCUUUCGACGAGGUGGUCGUAGACGGAGGCCUCAGCAUACACCACCUACAGACACUGUAUCUACACCCCCACCUAAUCAAGCUGACACUGCAGGACCGUCGCAUACACCUUCAACAAUACCUUCCUGUGCACCAUCGCCUUCCCCUUCCCCUUCGGCUGUACCUUCACCGAUCGAGUCCCCAGCAGCCUCUUCCAUUCCUUCCCGACAUUCGAUUGCAGAGAGGCCAGACACUCGAGAGUCUAUAGCCCCUUGUGGAGAUUCGUUCGAUAAUUCUGUCCAUGUUAUUCACGAGAUUAAUAGAAUCGUGAAUAACCAUUGGAGAGGGGACUCGAUGAGUUAUACUAGCACUCCAGUACCGACUAGAGAGUUAUGGUGGAGUGAAUUUAAGCGAUCAUUCACUUGGGACAUGAAUGAUGACAUGGAAAUAAGAAGGAUUUUCAUGAAAAAAUGUGGCGAUCACAUUCGUCAUGUACUCAAUCAUGCGAAGUCAAAGGGGAAAAAACCACCAUUCAUUACUGAGGAAAACUGGAUAAAGAUUACCAAUUAUUGGGAAAGUGAGGAGUUUAAAACAAGAAGUCACCAGAAUAAAACUAAUCAAUCUUUUAAUUCUGGAGACAUGUCUGCUACAUAUGCGGGAGGAUCUAUCAAUAUUGAUGAGCAUAGACGCAGAUUGUCCAAAGAACUAGGAAAGGAGCCUACAUUUAUAGAAACUUUCACCCGCACCUUUCAGAAAAAAGAUAAGACUUGGAGCGGGGGCAGAGCUAGAGCAAUCAAGGAGAAAUAUGAUGAACUAGAGGUAGCACAAAGAUGUUCUGGUUCUACUAGUGCAGAUAUGGAGGGGUCUGAGCCAUCUGUUGGUACUGAUUUAAAUUUAUGGCUACAAGCGAGUGGAGGAUCAAAAAAAGGAGGAAAGAUAUUUGGAAUGGGUUCUUUGAGCAGAAUCCAUAGAGUUGGCCGUAUUUCUUCCUCCUCCUCACAGACCCAGCAGAUGACCCACUUGACUGAAGAGGUUUCACAGUUGAAGGAUAUUUUAAAUGAAAGGGAUGAAGAAAUGAGACAAAUGCGCCAAAAUCAAGAAUUGAUUUUACGACAUUUCAAGUUAAUUUCUGCUCCAAGUGAAAAUCCUCCCGGUGACGGUGACGAUGGUGAUCAUGAUGAUGGCGAUGGUGAUUAUGUUGAUGAUGCAGAUGUUCUUGAUGAUAAGAAGUCUAUUGAACCUAACUAUGCAUUUGUUGAUAAGGAGAGUAUAGAAACUUGUGCUGUGGAGACAACCCAGGAAUCACUUCCUUUAGUUGUAGAGUCAGAAUCAGAGCCAAACCGAGAGGAGUCUUAG